AUGAACACGGAAUCAAUAUCUAUGUUCUCAAGCGUUUUUUCGCAGAUCCCAGACAUGAAUGCUGGAACACUAGAUGACAUAUUACAGCAUAUAAUUGAACAAGAACUGAAUGAAGAAACUGUUGAAAAAAUGAAGACCAUCCUCUUAACUUUUCAUUUAUAUUCAAGCGUUUACUGCUUUUUAACCGCUAUUGAUACCAAGUCGCUAGCCAAAAUUCUAGAUCACUGGCUGAGUAAUCCUUUCGCUGAGUCUUUUUACAAUCCUCCUGAGUUUCUUGAUCUCAAAAGACUUCUUUACCUUGUUUCACAGUGGCUUCGUGUUUUCGCCAACAAUUUCCAGCCCCCACGGCACCAAACCUCUAAAAAUAAAGAAUCAGCUCGAUGUCAGCUUAUUUGUAAGGCUAGAGACUCUCUGCAUUCCAUGACGCAGUCAAAUCAACUCUGCCUCGCUCAAAUUAUUGAAGAAAUUUGUGCUAAGAUUACCACAAUCUCCGAUCAUUUUCAUGUUAAAGCUGGACUUUUCAGGGAGACCACUUGUGACAGUAAUGCUGACUUACUAGAUAGCAACUCAGAUCUGAGUAGUCCAAUUCCAGCUGUGAAUGGAGUUUUGAAUAAACUUAGCCCUCGUCACAUUGCCGAACAAUUGACUCUUUAUGACGCAGAGUUAUUCACCCAAGUCAUACCCUCCGAAUGCCUAAAUCACGUUCGCCACCUACCUGCAAAGUCGGUAGAUGCCACUAUCAAGCAGUUUAAUCGCAUUUAUGCCCUAGUUCAGACAACAAUUAUUGAAGCGGAGCAUGAGAUGCCCACUCCCCAUUCGUCAAAUGAAAUCCUCAAUGCUUCCUUAGCGUCUAUCACACUCUCAAUGGUACAUAUGCCUCUUCAAGCCAAUCAAUACCAACACCCGCAUUUUGAGAGGACAGAACAUCGCAGUGCAGUUGCCCGUUCUACAAUCAGUCUUUCUUCAAUUCAUGAUUUGGAUGCUUUAUCUUGCGAGGAUGCUUUCCUUCGAGCUGAGAUCCUUGCAAAAUGGAUAGCUGUUGCAUCAGAACUCAGAGAUCUACGAAGCUUUUCCGCAUUCACAUCUGUUAUGACGGCUUUACAGGGUUGCGCAAUUAGCGGUCUAUACGCUACUUGGAGUAUUGUUGAAAAGCAAUAUCCUGAAAAGAAUGAGAUGUUUCAUGAACUCUCAGAACUUUUAAAACUGGAUGAUAAUAGGAAAUACGCUCGAGAGCUUUUGGAUCAUAUGUAUUCCAGUUAUGAAUUAGCUCGACAACAAGAGAUGAAGCAUAAUGGAUUGUUCUCAGCAAUAUUUCGACGAAAAUUGGCCUCAGAUAGUUCAAUUCAGGAAGAGAAUUUCCUAAAGUCUGUUGGAACGAUUCCUUACCUUGGAAUUUUCUUGAAUGACUUGGCGAUGCUGAAUGAAUCAGCUCCAGAUAGGAUUCCAAGACCAAAACGACCAGAACUUCGGAGACCAUCUAGUGGAACUUGUAUGGUUAACAUAACUAUUGAUCACAUGAAUGGUAAACAGAAUGGCCAAGUUCAAAGUACCCAGUUCCAGAGGAGACCGAGAUCACACAGAAGUCAUGAAAUGCGUAUUCCCACACCUCUAGUUACGCCAGAACCUCCUAAACGACCUCCCAGACUCAAUCGAGCAACUGAAAGUACGGAUAGUGGAAAUGGAAGUGGAGUGAAUGAACCAAGAGCUCGAAAACCACCUGUUCCUAUCGUAAUUGAUCAUCGAUCCCGGAGGGAGGCGUCAAGGAAUAGUAAUGGUUCCAGCACAAUAACACCAUCAUCCAGUGGCGUAAAUCUCCCGAAAGAUAAGAGAACUCGCCAAGCAAAAGGUCCUGAUGGUCCGCCAAUUCUUGUGCGACCCCUAAGUACCACGCCCUCUGCCUCCUCCUCCUCCUCGUCUCCACAAUCCCUGAAGCGACCUUCAUCAAGACACAGUCGGAAACCCCCUCUUGGCUUUUUCUCCUCAACCUUCGACACUACGGCUGCAGGCACCACGAUUUUAGAUUCGGGUGAUCUGAUCAACUUCCGUAAGCAUACCCGGGAGUAUAAGAUCCUAUCGAAGCUGAUGCAACUUCAAGCCACUGCGACUAGGUAUAAAAUACAGGAGGAUUCAGCGUUCAGGCAGUGGUUUGACGGAAUUGUGCUGCUCAGUGAAAACGGAGCGUAA